AUGCAUCCGUCAUCCGAUUUGGACGAGCGGCCAGUGUGCAGUGGUUCACCGACGCGCCCGAAGAAACCGACACCACAAUUAGCCGGCCGAUCUUCGACUGGUCUUAUCGCACAAAAAAAAAAAAACGACGGAACGGUGUGGCACCGGCAAGUGCAAACUAGUGCCCCGGAACACCGGCGAACGAAACAGAUACGCCAUUUGAUAGCAAUUGUACACAAUUACCGGCCACUUUUGCAGGAUACUGUGGCCGCGUUUGAAGUGGAGCUGUUGAAAAAAUCGUUCCAAUUCUUCCCAGCGCACAGGUUCCUGAUCACGGUCCAUCCUUUCGAGGAGUUGUGGCAGUGAGUAGAACCGCUCGGGACGUUUUUAGACAAGGUAAACGGGAGCGCCCACAGACGCCCCUGUUCGCGAC